GGAGCGGGAGCGCCGCCGCCGAAGACCAUGAGGAAAUUUAACAUUAGGAAGGUGCUGGACGGCCUGACGGCGGUCUCCGCCGUCGCCUCGGCGUCGUCCGCCGCGCAGCAACAGCAGGCGGGGAACCGGGAGACGGAAAUCCAGGAGACGCUCCAGUCCGAGCACUUCCAGCUCUGCAAGACCGUACGCCAUGGUUUCCCCUAUCAACCUUCAGCCUUGGCAUUUGAUCCGGUUCAGAAAAUACUGGCCAUCGGGACUCAGAGUGGAGCACUAAGGCUCUUUGGUCGGCCAGGAGUUGAAUGCUACUGCCAACAUGAUAGUGGAGCUGCAGUAAUCCAGCUUCAGUUCCUGAUUAAUGAGGGAGCUCUUGUGAGUGCCUUGGCUGACGAUACCUUACACCUGUGGAACUUGCGUCAGAAGAGACCUGCUAUACUUCAUUCACUCAAAUUCAACCGAGAACGGAUAACAUUUUGUCAUCUGCCUUUCCAAAGCAAGUGGCUAUAUGUGGGGACCGAAAGAGGAAACAUUCAUAUUGUCAAUGUGGAAUCAUUUACUCUCUCAGGCUAUGUCAUCAUGUGGAAUAAAGCCAUUGAACUUUCGUCCAAAUCUCACCCAGGACCUAUUGUCCACAUUAGUGACAAUCCAAUGGAUGAAGGAAAGCUUCUGAUUGGCUUUGAAUCUGGAACGGUGGUAUUAUGGGACCUGAAGUCAAAGAAGGCAGAUUACAGAUACACACAUGAUGAGGCUAUCCACUCUGUGGCUUGGCAUCAUGAAGGCAAACAAUUUAUUUGUAGUCACUCAGAUGGUACCUUGACCAUAUGGAAUGUAAAAUCUCCUACCAAACCAUUCCAGACAAUCACUCCACAUGGAAAGCAGCUGAAGGAUGGAAAGAAGCCAGAACCCUGCAAACCUAUUCUUAAGGUGGAAUAUAAAACUACUAGAGCUGGGGAGCCUUUCAUCAUUCUCUCAGGAGGCUUGUCGUAUGACACUGUAGGAAGAAGACCCUGUUUAACAGUUAUGCAUGGAAAAAGUACUGCUGUGCUAGAAAUGGAUUAUUCUAUUGUUGAUUUCCUAACCCUCUGUGAAACACCAUAUCCUAAUGACUUUCAGGAACCAUAUGCUGUAGUUGUUCUCCUAGAAAAGGACUUAGUAGUGAUUGACCUUGCACAAAAUGGGUAUCCUAUCUUUGAGAAUCCCUAUCCUUUGACUAUACAUGAAUCUCCAGUUACCUGUUGUGAAUAUUUUGCUGAUUGUCCUGUGGACCUCAUACCUGCACUCUAUUCAGUUGGUGCUCGUCAGAAACGUCAAGGUUACAGUAAGAAGGAAUGGCCUAUCAGUGGAGGCAACUGGGGUUUGAUCACUCAGAGCUAUCCAGAGAUAAUUAUUACAGGGCAUGCUGAUGGGUCAAUCAAGUUUUGGGAUGCCUCAGCAAUAACGCUGCAAGUACUCUAUAAGUUAAAAACAGCCAAAGUGUUUGAAAAAUCACGGAAUAAAGAUGACAGGCCAAACACAGAUAUAGUAGAUGAAGAUCCAUAUGCUAUUCAGAUCAUCUCGUGGUGUCCAGAAAGUAGAAUGCUGUGCAUAGCUGGAGUUUCUGCACAUGUCAUUAUUUACAGGUUCAGCAAGCAGGAAGUGACAACAGAAGUCAUUCCGAUGCUGGAAGUACGUCUGCUAUAUGAAAUAAAUGAUAUUGAAACUCCAGAUGGUGAGCAGGUGCCACCUUCAUCAACUCCAGGCGCAAGUUCCAAUCCUCAAUCCAUUGUUCCCCAGUCUCACCCAUCUACUAGUAGCAGUUCAUCUGAUGGCCUUCGUGAUAAUGUCCCGUGUUUAAAAGUUAAAAAUUCUCCUCUCAAGCAGUCUCCAGGCUACCAAACUGAGCUAGUUAUCCAGCUAGUGUGGGUGAGUGGAGAACCUCCUCAACAGAUAACCAGCUUAGCAGUCAACUCAGCAUAUGGCCUAGUAGUUUUUGGAAACUGUAAUGGUAUUGCCAUGGUUGAUUACCUCCAGAAGACAGUGCUCUUGAAUCUAGGCACUAUUGAACUGUAUGGCUCCAAUGAUCCUUAUCGCAGGGAACCACGAUCUCCCCGAAAAACUCGGCAACCGUCUGGAGCAGGUCUUUGUGAUAUUAAUGAAGGUACAGUGGUGCCAGAAGACCGGUGCAAGUCGCCGACAUCAGGUUCUGGUUCACCAAACAAUUCUGAUGAUGAACAAAAAAUGAAUAAUUUUAUAGAAAAGGUGAAGACCAAAAGCAGAAAGUUUUCCAAGAUGGUAACCAAUGACAUAGCAAAGAUGUCCAGGAAGCUAAGUUUGCCAACUGAGUUAAAGCCUGAUUUAGAUGUCAAAGACAACUCUUUCAGUCGAUCCCGGAGUUCUAGUGUAACUAGCAUUGAUAAAGAGUCACGCGAGGCAAUUUCAGCUCUUCAUUUUUGUGAGACUUUCACAAGAAAGGCUGAUACAUCACCUUCCCCAUGCCUGUGGGUUGGGACCACGCUGGGCACAGUGCUUGUCAUUGUACUGAACUUACCCCCAGGAGGAGAGCAAAGACUUCUUCAGCCAGUAAUUGUUUCUCCUAGUGGAACCAUCCUGAGGCUAAAAGGGGCAAUCUUGAGAAUGGCUUUUUUGGAUACCACAGGAUCUUUGGUCCCACCAGCACAUGAACCCUGGAGAGAAUACAAUGUUCCUGAAGAUAAAGAUGAAAAAGAAAAAGCAAAAAAACGACGUCCUGUCUCAGUGUCCCCUUCUUCCUCUCAGGAAAUCAGUGAAAACCAAUAUGCAGUGAUAUGUUCAGAAAAGCAAGCAAAAGUUAUCUCACUGCCAUCCCAGAACUGUACUUAUAAGCAAAAUAUAACAGAGACUUCUUUUGUUCUUCGUGGAGACAUAGUGUCAUUGAGUAACAGUAUCUGCCUUGCAUGUUUCUGUGCCAAUGGGCAUAUUAUGACUUUUAGUUUGCCAAGUUUAAGGCCAUUGUUGGAUGUAUAUUACCUGCCACUCACCAAUAUGCGGAUAGCCAGAACAUUCUGCUUCACCAAUAAUGGACAAGCACUCUAUCUGGUCUCACCAACUGAAAUACAGAGGCUCACCUACAGCCAAGAAACAUGUGAAAAUCUUCAGGAAAUGUUGGGUGAGCUCUUCACUCCUGUAGAAACACCAGAAGCACCAAACAGAGGGUUCUUUAAAGGCCUGUUUGGAGGUGGGGCACAGUCACUUGACAGAGAAGAACUGUUUGGAGAAUCAGCAUCUGGGAAGGCAUCAAGGAGUCUUGCCCAGCAUAUUCCAGGACCUGGAGGUAUUGAAGGUGUCAAAGGAGCAGCAUCUGGUGUGGUUGGUGAACUAGCACGAGCCCGGUUGGCAUUAGAUGAAAGAGGACAGAAACUAGGAGAACUGGAAGAAAAGACUGCAGCUAUGCUUUACAGUGCUGAUUCUUUCUCAAAACACGCUCAUGAGAUGAUGUUGAAGUACAAAGACAAGAAGUGGUACCAAUUCUGAUGACGCUCAUCAAUUACAUCUGUUUAAUUUUGUCCUGAUGGAAAAAAAAUCUUGUUUUUUCAUUAAUUUUGGCAGGACCACUGAAAUUUAAAGGAGUAUUCACCGUUGGAUACUGUUGUUUCCUAGCACAAAUGACACACUGUUUUACCUCAGUCAUGGCUUUAACUGAGGAGCUUUAUAUCUAAGAAACACAUACACAAAACAAACUUGAGUGUUUCUUAGCUGUUGGUUAGAAGAAAGGUGGAACUGAGAAAGUAACUAGAAGAUGUGGAAAAGAAAGUAAAGGGAAAACAUAGUGUGAGAUGGGCAGGGGCAAUGCAGGGUCAAUCCUGUGUUAAUAUUUCAUAUGCCAAAAGUUUUUGUGCUAUUGUAAUUGCUGUCAGUGUUAUACCCUCCUGUGAGGAGCGGCAAUAAAUCAGGGGUCCAAGAGCUGGAAUUAAGUGGUUUGUCUUGCUGGACAGUACCUGACUUACACUUACCAUCUCUAGGACUCACUGUAUUUACCAUUAUCAUUGAAGAAGAGUUGAAGUUUGCUGUCACUUCUUUCAUCGGAGAAACUGGAAGCUUGGGAGAUUCCUUGUUGAAAACUGUACACGUAGUUAACCUGUGCAUAGUCUUUUCUUGGACCCCUGAUCUAGUAUUCUUGUAUUCACAUCAUAUUCUGUGAAGUGCAAAACAAAAGAAAACAUAAUUUUUGCAUUAAAAAAGUCAAGUGAAUAAUAUGACUGGAAUGUGUCAUGCUGGGAGUUUUCAUUUGUGUUAUGGCCGUGCAAUGUGAAAUGUGGUAACAUCUUCAUUGUGGUAAGAAUACUUCAACUUCUGUUUAGUUAAAUGCCAUUUUUUUGCCAAAAGUAGUUAUUGGUUAAGGUUGUGUAACAUUUAGAAAUGGCUGUGGGUUCCAUUCAUGCUGUGAGUUUUUAUAAAUGUUUAACAGAAUGUGUCUUUACAGCCAUUAAUUAAAAUAGCUGAGAGGGUUUUGCUCAAAACUUGAGUUCUAGAUGCCCCUUUAGUCCCUUUACUAUGAAAUCAGAUAACCGUGGACUCAGGUUUUCAAACUUUUACAUGCCAUGGAGGUGCUGAUGCAUGAAUAAUGGCAAGCAAGCAUCUAAUAUUUACCAAUUGUCAGUAUGUGGUUUAGCAAAUCUCUGAGUUCUGCUAGUAGAGCUAUUUUACAAGUACCUGUCUCAGCCCCACUCAUCACUAAGGCAGUUGGCCUGAAGUUUGGAUUUAGUUUCUAAAGCAGUGUUGUCAAUAUAAACAGUGGUAAAGUGUGCACAGAAACUUUAGGAAUUGGUGAAAUAAUUCCAGUUUGGGUGAGGUAAAUAAUACAGCUGAGUUAACUUACUAACUUUAGGUUACUGCACUAAAGCUGAUAUUGUGGGAAUGACCCAGAGCUCUUUUUGAGAAGAUUUCUUAAAAUAAAUGCUUGCAUUUCAAAAAUUUAUUUAGACAUUUUUCCUCAAAGUAGAAAUAGUUACUGACUGGUUUUGCCUUAUAAAAGGGAGUACUUAGAAGCUGAUAGGUCUGCAUUGUCUGAAAUUAAUCAUUUGAGUUUGCUUCUCCAAGCAUUGUUUUGUUUGCUUUUUUCACAAAUGUUUUGAAUGUUCCCAAAGCAAAACCUUGGUUAUAUUUGUAUUGUGAUGUUGCAGGUACACAGAUAAGGCAACCUUACAAAACACCUAAAGGAUGCAAAAUAUUGAAGUUACUGAUGGUUUUUAAUUUCGCUUUUUAAAUGAGAGGCCAAUAUGUUUGGGCUUUGUAGCACAAACUGAUAAAUUUUCCUGCUUUAUAGUAGCAUUUAAUUUAAAAAGACAAGUGAAUUCUUUUGCCAAUAUGAGGGCAUGCCAUACCACAUCCACUGUUCAAAGGACUUAUGAGAACGUGACAAUUUGAACAAGCAACACUGCUUUCUUGACGGCUCUCUCCCAUACUUACUGAGGCAAUGUUAACUCCAGUUGCUUAACUCAGCUUGCCAUGCAAUAUUUGCCUCUGCAUGUUAAUUUAUUUUUUAGUGUCUAAUUAAUGCAUAUUUAAAUUAACACCAUUUUGUUAAAAAUCCAGGUAGAAGAAAACUAGAUAAACUCAUAUCCAUACCACAUACGAAAAUAAAAUACCCUGGCUGACACUUGUUCCCUUCCUUAUCUCAACGUUUAUAAAUUGAGAUGACUGAUUAUUAUUUGACCAGGUGAAGAUAAACUAUAUUUCAAGGCAAUAGAAUCCUUGAAAUUAAUCUGGCCAGGCUCCGGUUGAGAGGAUGGUAAAAUUACUUUUCAAUAAAUCAUGGUAUCAUUCAAUGGAAGAUGACCUUGACGUGAAAGGAAAUGUACUUAACUUUCUCAUCAAGACACAUUUGACAACCACCAGCAAGCAAAAAAAUAAGAGGCAGUGAGAGACCAUCUGCCAGUACAAGAAGAGUAGUGGCUUAUUUGAUAUUAUAGAAUCUAUCAUAGUUGAAUCUCUUUUGUUGGUUAAGUUCAGAGUAUGCUUCUAGAUAUGAAGACUAAUGAAAUGAUUGCUCAUGAGAUAAACACACAAAUGGUUCUUGGUCAAUAAAAGGGGCUAUGUACAAUUUUAGUCUAAAAUGUUCCUUUUUCCUUCCCUGUGGAAGGAAGUUUAUCAUAGAUACAUCAUUGCAUCUUGUUCUGCUAUUGGUGGUGCACCUUUUGUACAGCAAAGUAAAUUGAAAUCCUUGUGGGGAAGCACCCCUGGUAUUUUCACUAGCAUUUUAGUUGUGUGAAACUUUUUCAGAGUGUCUGGAAAACUAUAAAAUACAAUUGAGCUAUUACUUUUUUUUUUUUUUUGGAU